CAGUUAUUUACUGGUGUAAGGAUCAAAUAAAAGUAUAACAUUUAUACAGUUAAUGUCAGAUUUUAUACAAUCGCGAUUAAACACAAACAUUCCUGUUUUCCAGUCGACUAUUUAUUUUUCAACACUUUUGGGCGGCUAAACCACCGCGUUUUAGGACCCAAAUUUAUGUGGCACAUUUCAAAUUUCAAAACAAACUCGUCCCGCUUGUCAACAGUGAGAAUGGAGGCGGUGGACUGAACUCUGUCCUGUUCAAACUAAUACAGUUCGAAUGUAUGUGGCGUUUAAAAGCUUUUAUGGUGAUGUGUGUUUGAUUUUCAACACAAUAAUCACCAUAAAGUCUCUGAAUGAGGCGUCUGUCUCUGGAUUAAACUGAUGUUCGCCGCGAUGGAAGCUCAUUCUGAAGGCUCGCACAGCGCAGUCAAAGCUCCCUCCAUCGAGGACUUUGUGCUGGUCAAACCCAUCAGUCGAGGAGCCUUUGGGAAGGUUUAUCUCGCCAGAAAGAAAUGCAACUCCAAACUCUAUGCGAUCAAGGUGGUGAAGAAAGCAGACAUGGUGGAUAAGAACAUGACUGAUCAGAUGAAAGCUGAGAGAGACGCUCUGGCUCUCAGUAAGAGUCCUUUCAUUGUGCACCUGUUUUACUCUCUUCAGACCGCAACUAAAGUCUAUCUGGUGAUGGAGUAUCUGAUUGGAGGAGAUGUGAAAUCACUUCUUCAUAUUUAUGGGUACUUCGAUGAGGACAUGUCUCUGAAAUACAUCUCGGAGGUCGCGCUCGCUCUCGAUUACCUACACAGACACAGCAUCAUUCACAGGGACUUGAAACCAGACAACAUGCUCAUCUCCAAUGAGGGUCACAUUAAGCUCACAGACUUUGGGCUCUCCAAGGUUAAACUUGACAGGGAGCUCAACCUGAUGGACAUUUUAACCACACCUUCUUUAGUGAAACCUAAAAAGGAUUAUUUCAGAACACCUGGUCAAGUUCUGUCGCUGAUAAGCUCUCUUGGUCUCAAUACCCCAGUGGCAGAGGGCAAGCGUCACAGCAGCACAGUGUUGGGCAGUCCCAUGUCCUGUGGGAAACUCAAGCAGAGGAAUACUUCCCUGUGUUCACCUCUGCUGAAGAGACGAGUCGAGUACCUCAAUUCCCCAGUGCGCACAAGUCGAGCUUUAGGAUCCAACAGUGUGUUCAGUCCCGGCCUGCUGGCUAGGAGUUUGACACCAAGGCUGAUGAAAUCGAGGAAGAGAUUUGAGAGUGCUGGAAGCACCAACUCAUGCUAUUUACCAUCCACUACUGAUUCUGAAGACUGCGUCAGCCCGAUGUGGGAAGAUGAGCAGAAUUUACAAGAUGGCGAGAACCUUCCUCAGGUAAACGGAAGAGAAGUGGGCAAAAGAAUGUCAAGAAACCUUCCCUUGACACCUGUGGAAAGGAGGAAGAUGUUUCCAGCACGAGCUCAGGAUCACAGCGGUGUUUUGACUUCGCUCAAUAACCAAAGGGACAAUAGCAGAAAUAUUAAAGCAGAUAUUUCUGCAAAGAGGCUCCAGUUCAGUGCAUCAGACCACUGUGUCACUCCACUGGGUAAGACCGUUCCCCAUCAGUCAGUUGGGAACGGUCUCAAGAAACCAGAGCCGACAGAAGAGCCCAAAACCUCAGUAAAGAGAGCGUUUGAAGAAGUAGAGAAAAGCCCAGAGCAGGCUGAGAGACAUUGCAAGAAAAACGACGCAAUGUACAAAAGGUCCUUCCAUAUUCCUGAGGGAAACUCAACGGCCCACACAGGCUUGACAGGAAUUUUCUCAAUUGUGGGGCUUGAUGAUGUUAAAACUGCACCGUUCGGUGAGAGAAUGGGUCCAAAGCAAUCUAGUCCCAUAGCUGUGGCCAAAAAUCUCUUCUGUGAUCUGGAAGAUCAAGGUGAGGGGAUGGCUUUGCUUAAAGCAGAGACCAACUUGAGCUCCCCGACCUCACCUGGCGAUGACCGAAAUAUCAGAAGAAGCCUUAGUUUAGACUUGGACGGCUCUGGCCAUGAGAUGUCACUGGUUGUUAACACGCCACAAAAAUCGACGGACUUCAAACAUGAGGCUUUGUCGUCCUCUUUCGAGGAGCUGGAUGAAAACGAGAUUGCUCGGCCCACAAUAGCUACACCAAAUCAAAGCAGCUCAAAGCAAUCUGAGCGUUCCCUUCUUGACCGUCCUCACGGGCUGUCUGACUCUAUCAUCAAAUCACCUGGCUUCCUCAAACCCAAGAACGUGGUUGUGUUCAGGAGCUACUGCAGCUCCAUAAACCGGUCUUGUACGUCACAUCUCAGCCUAGCCUCUUUGGAUACCAUGGAGAUGUCUGCGUCAACCUCCUUCCUCAACGCCCAGUCUGUAGUGACUCCGGUUCAGAAGAAAAGACCCAGUCUGAGCGGCUCACUUUACCAGACUCCACAGCAGAUGGUUGUGUCUCACACUCCCUACAGGACACCAAAAAGUGUCCGUAGAGGUCCGGAACGUGUAGAAGGGGCUCCUAUUUUGGGAACUCCUGACUACUUGGCACCGGAACUUUUAUUAGGCAAACCUCAUGAUUUCAUGGUGGAUUGGUGGGCGUUAGGUGUCUGUCUGUUCGAGUUCCUCACAGGAGUCCCGCCCUUCAACGACGAGACUCCACAGCUGGUGUUCCAGAACAUUCUCAACAGAGGCAAGAGGGUCAAUGAUCAAUACUAGGGGUGUGACGAGACCU